AUGGCUUCCAAAGCCAUUGCAAUUUUAUAUGUUACCCUAGUUUAUCUUUCCUUCACGAUUAUCGCUACGUAUGGAGAUCAAGUAGCAGUGAAGGAAAGUAAAGACGAUUGUCCAAGCAAUUGUAAAUGUGAAAAUGAUCAAGUUCGGUGUAGCCAUUUCAUACUCAAUCAAGACCUUCAAUUACCCGAAAAAACAAAACUCUUAAUCUUUGAGAACGCAGUUUCAUGCGAAGACGAACAUUUACAUAAUCUGCUACCAUUAGCCCUUUCUAAGCAGAUAAAAAUAAGUGGCCAGUGUAGCAAGCCCAAACGUCUCAUUGGCAGCAGCUUAGCAGAAUUAAUCGCGGAAAAGCUUAGCUCCACUAAUCAUCUUCGUGAUAAAAGAUCUAAUUUUGCUACUCCUUCAAUAUACAACUUUACAGUGAGCUUUGUUAUAAUUUUAGAAACACCACAAGCUACAGCAGGUUGUACCUUUGACGAGGGUAUGUGUGGAUGGGUCCAGUUAAGUAAUGUCGACUUUUUCGAUUGGACUCGUCACAGUGGCAGUACUCCUAGCAGCUAUACAGGGCCAAGAUAUGACCAUACGUCAAAUAGUACUGAGGGCUUUUACAUUUACACCGAGACAUCAAGGCCAAGAGUGCUUGGAGAAUAUGCGGAUUUAAUGAGCCCUCCGAUGCUUGCAGCCACUAGCAGUUCCACGGUUGAGGUCAAAUUUUACUAUCAUGCAUAUGGAAGCUCGCUAGGAAAACUACAACUCUAUGCGAUGUACCCAUCCGUUAGCCAGGCUUUUUACUCCAUCACCAAUGUUAGCCUUUAUUCUGUGAAUCAAUGGAGACCAUUUUCUACGACUUUUCAGCCUCUUUACAAUCCAUAUCGUAUUAUAAUUCGUGGAACAGUUGGACAGUCUUACACUGGUGAUAACGCAAUUGACGAUAUUUUUAUCUCAUCUGUCGAGAACAAUUGUUAUGUGCCCUUUUCGGAAGUUUACAGAGGAAUAAAUUCUCAAACUACUUCCGGUAGUUAUUGCCGGAGUUGGGCCUCUUCCACUGCUCAAUAUUACAAUCAUACACCAUCAAAUUAUCCUUACAGUGAUUUAGGGUUCAGUUAUUGCCGAAAUCCUGGAGGGGAGCGAAGCAGACCUUGGUGCUACGUUUCUACAGGUUCAACUUGGGAUUAUUGCAACAUACCACGUUGUAUUGCUCCUACAACCACUCGUGCUCAAUAUCCGUUAGGAAGGCGAUAUCCGGUAGCCUUGAUUAAUUUCGAUCAUGGCCAGCACUACAUCGGUCGUGUUGCUAUUUACCACGAUGGGGAAUGGGGCACUAUUUACGGGAGAAGUCUUUCACAUUCAUUCAUAGGUCUUCUAUGUAAACAGGCCGGUCUAGGAAAUUACGGAUUACGUUAUUACGGAGCUGGAUAUGGUAUCGCUGGCGUUGGAAAAGUCUGGUUGGAUUAUACUCGUAUUGCUUGUCCGGCAUCAAGCAAUUCGAUUAACAACUGUACUUUAGGAUCAUGGGGUAGCACUUACGGACAUAGCUCUGAUCUUUGGCUAACAUGCUCUUGGCAUUCUACAAACACAACUGCAAACCCAGCUGUAUCUACAUGUUGGUCUCUUUUAGUUAUCCUAAUCUUGUAG